GCCGCCCCGGGUCCAGGUUGUCGAGGCCGGACUCGAUGAUGCUGCUGCCGCUGCUCUUCCUAGUGCUCGGUGCAGUGUGUAUAACCGGUUCCGAUGGUGCUGGCCACUACUCGAUCGUUGGGGCGAAACUGCUGCGACCAAAUUCCGAGUACCACGUUUCCGUAACGAAUCAAGAUGUCGCGGAACCCAUCACGUUUAGCUUGGCGAUCGUGGACAAGGAGGAGGUACUUCAAAAGCAAGAAAUCACUCUGAACACCGGCGAAACGCGUCUGGUGCCGUUUGCGAUUGGUGAUAUUCCCGAUUCGUCGUACAAGCUGGUUGCUGAGGGGUUAUCUGGCCUAACUUUCAAGAACACCACUGAUCUCGACUACCAGCAGAAGAGCUUCUCCGUGUUCAUGCAAACGGACAAGUCUAUCUACAAACCGGGCGAUACGGUGCGGUUCCGUGUGCUGGUGCUCGAUCCGAACACCAGGCCGCUGCAGAAGGCGGAGAGCGUUAGCGUGCACAUCAAUGACGGCAAGGGUAACCGCAUCAAGCAGUGGAAGGAAGGAAAGUUGGUGAAGGGUGUGUUCGAGUCGGAGCUGACGCUCUCGACUGCACCCGUGCUUGGCGCAUGGUCCAUCAAUGUGGAGGCAAUGGGAACGAAACACAAAAAAACCUUUGACGUGGACGAGUACGUACUGCCCAAGUUCGAGGUAACGGUGGAAUCCCCCGGCAUCACAACGUUCAAGGAUGGCAAGGUGAAGGUGAUCGUUCGCUCGAAGUAUACCUACGGCAAACCGGUCAAAGGGGAGGCGACCGUGUCGGUCAGCCCCGAGUUCCGGUUCCACUACGUGCAGCCGUUCGAUAAAGAUGUUAUCACGCGCAAGGUAAUCCCGAUCGAUGGUAAGGGUUCGGUGGAGUUCGAUCUGCGCGAAGAACUGCGUCUGGAGGGGGACUAUACGCGUAAGGUCGUAGUCGAAGCGGUCGUCGAGGAGGAGCUGACUGGCCGAAAGCAGAACGCUACGAGCAAGGUGACGAUCCACGACCGGCGGUACAAGCUGGAGCUGGUGAAGUCAGACGAUAACUUCAAACCUGGCCUACCGUACACGACCUGGCUGAAGGUGACGUUCCAGGACGGCACACCGGUGCAGGAUCAGACGAACCCGGUGCUGGUGACACAGUCGGACUAUAGUAGCAAGGAAAUCGCGCGCAACUACACGCUAGACCAGAACGGAAUGGCAAAGCUAGAGAUCGACACUGACGGCAAUAGCACCUACAUCAAUGUGAAUGCGGUCUACCUCGGUCAGAACUUCUAUCUGCAGGGUAUUUCAAAGGCCGACUCUGAUGUAGACUCCUACAUCCGCGCGAGGGUUCUCACCGAGCUACCCCUGGUAAAUAAGGACGUCGUCGUGGAGGUGGCAGCUUCGGUGCCGAUGAAGUCCUUCACGUACCAGCUGCUUGGACGCGGUGAUGUCCUCCUAAGCAACACGGUGGCGGUGCCAGAGAGCAAACUCCAUACGUUCAAGUUUUUGGCUUCGUUCGCAAUGGUCCCUAGGGCAAAACUGGUCGUUUACUAUAUUGCCCCGAACGGCGAUAUGGUGAGCGACAGUAAGGUGAUCACGUUCGACAGUGAGCUGCAAAAUUUUAUGAAAGUGAACCUUUCCAAGGACCAAACGAAACCGGGCCAGGAUGUUGAAAUUAGCAUCAGCACCAACCCUGACUCGUACGUCGGUCUGCUGGGAGUCGAUCAGAGUGUGCUGUUGCUCAAGAGUGGUAACGACAUCACGAAGGAAGAUGUAUUUGGCGAGCUCGAAAAGUACGAGGAGCGAUCAUACGGAUCGUACCGCAGGAAAAAGCGUUUCGCAUGGCGUCCGUAUGGUGAACAUAAAGAUUUCAAUUCGGUCGGUGCCUUCGUGCUUUCAAAUGCCAACGAUCCACCACUACCCUAUCUACCAGCCUACGCCGUACCGGAAGCGGUUGCGUUUGCAUCUCCUGCCCUGGGAGCGGGUGUCGGUACUGGUGGAUUUGAGCCCACGAUAAGAAAAGAUUUUCCGGAGGCAUGGCUAUGGUACAGCGAAACUGAGGAAGGCUUCAGCGGUGAAAAAACGAUCCAGAAGAAGGUCCCCGAUACGAUCACCUCGUGGAUCAUAACCGGCUUCUCGGUAAACCCGAUCUAUGGGUUGGGAUUGACGCAGCAACCGCGCCGCCUGAAGGUAUUCCUUCCCUUCUUCGUGUCCACCAAUCUACCGUACUCGGUCAAGCGUGGUGAGGUGGUUGCUAUUCCGAUCGUGGUGUUCAACUACCUCGAGGACGAUCAGACCGCCGAGGUAAUCUUACACAACGACGAGCAGGAGUUUGAGUUUGCCGACGUGGAGAAUGAAGUCGUUGAAUCAUCAAAGCUGGAACUGUUCCGUCAGAAGCGCAUGGAUAUUCCGGCCAACACGGGCAAGUCGGUCUCGUUCAUGGUGAAGCCGAAGAAGCUGGGACACAUCACGAUCAAGGUGACGGCCAAGUCGAAGACCGCUGGUGAUGGUGUGGAGCGUCAGCUGCUGGUCGAGCCGGAAGGAUUGCCACAGUACAUCAACAAGGCGGCGUUUGUCGAUUUGCGUGCGACACCCGAGGACAAUAAGACGUUCGAGGUUCAGAUUCCUCCGAACGCUGUACCCGACUCGACGCGUGUUGAAAUUGCCGUCAUUGGCGACGUGAUGGGCUCUACGAUUCAGAACCUUGACUCGCUGAUCCGUAUGCCGUACGGAUGUGGGGAGCAGAACAUGCUUAACUUUGUACCGAACAUCGUGGUGCUGGACUACCUGAAGGCCACCAACAAGCUGACCCCGAACGUGGAAGGCAAGGCAAAGAAGUUUAUGGAGGCGGGCUAUCAGCGUGAGCUAAGCUACAAACACAAGGACGGCUCGUUCAGUGCUUUCGGCGAAAGUGACGCCAGUGGAAGCACCUGGUUGACCGCGUUUGUCGCUCGAUCUUUCAAGCAGGCCGCCAACCACAUCACCAUCGAUGAGGACGUCAUCGACAAGUCGCUCGAGUGGCUGAGCGAUAAUCAGGCUCCUAACGGUAGCUUCCCGGAGGUGGGUGUUGUGUCGCACAAGGAUAUGCAGGGCGGUUCCGGUUCGGGUGUAGCGCUGACCGCGUACACCCUGAUUGCCUUCCUGGAGAACAUCAAUCUGGUGGACAAGUACAAGAACACCAUCAACAAGGCGAUCGACUACGUGUAUCGCAACACGGAGUCGCUAGACGAUACGUAUGCCCUGGCAUUGGCUGCGUACGCCCUACAGCUGGCCGAUCAUUCCUCGAAAGGUUUCAUCCUGUCCAAGCUGGAUGCCAAGGCAACGACGGACAGCGACACCAAGUGGUGGCACAAGCCGAUCCCGGAGGCAGACAAGAAGAACCCUUGGUACUCUCGUCCCAACUCGGUGAACGUGGAAAUGAGCGCAUACGGACUACUGGCGUUCCUCGAAGCCGGCCUAGACACGGACGCGCUUCCGGUCAUGAAGUGGCUGAUCGCACAGCGCAACGACAAGGGUGGCUUCCAGUCGACACAGGAUACGGUCGUUGGUCUCCAGGCGCUCGCUAAGUUGGCUGCCAAGAUUAGCUCGGCCAACAACGAUGUUACCAUUACGGCGAAGAUCAAUGGCGAUCAGGAGAAGCGCAUGUCGGUGAACGCGGAUAACGGUAUGAUCCUGCAGAAGUUUGAACUUCCGUCGGCGGCACGUACCAUCGAGAUCAAGGCAACCGGAAGUGGCUUUGCCGUGGUGCAGCUUUCAUACAAGUACAACAUGAACGUAACCGGUGAGUGGCCUCGGUUCGUGCUGGAUCCGCAGGUAAACGCCAACAGCAACCCUGACCAUCUGCACCUGACCGUGUGUACAAGUUUCGUCCCGUCUGCCGGUCAGAACGUGUCCAAUAUGGCCGUGAUGGAGGUGAGCUUCCCGAGUGGAUUUACCGCCGACUCGGACACGCUCCCAUCGCUGGAGAACACGCCGUACAUCAAGAGAGUUGAAACGAAGGAAGGUGACACCACGGUUGUACUGUACUUCGAUAGUUUGGACCAGCGCGAACUCUGCCCAACGGUUUCCGCCUUCCGGACGCACAAGGUGGCCAAGCAGAAGCCGGCACCGGUCGUUAUCUACGACUACUACGAUAACUCUCGCAUCGCUCGCCAGUUCUACGAAGGACCGAAGGCUUCGCUCUGUGACAUCUGUGAAAACGAGGACUGCGGUCAGGCGUGCUCGAUCCGCUCGCAGAAGCAGCGCUCGUCCGACGGGCCGGCCGGUACGAAUGAGUCCUUCCCGCACCACGGAGGACCAAUGAUUAUGAACGGUGGCCAGACAGUGUAUGCCAGCUUCGUCACGCUCCUACUGGCGACGAUGCUAGUGACGAUGUUCCGCUAAGCGCACAUGGAGAGCUUUGGGGAAUGAAAACUACAUUGCGGGUAGCGCUGUUGGUUUUAAGUUACCGACGAUGAGGAUAAUUUGUUUUCAACAGGGAUAUAAUUUUACAUAAACUUUUCACCAUACAGAGAUAUACAAACAAAUGUGAGUGUUGAUAUGAUGGUAUGAAAUUCAUUAAUAAACUGAUGUGUCCAUGGGUGCACACCUUUUUGGAACCAACGUAACAUCAUACUUAACCACAA